AUGGUUCCCAAAUGUAUUGUCGUUGGCAGCUUGAACGGUCAGAUACGGCCCGUGUUCGACAAGCUAGCCAGACUGCAGCUGAAACAGAAUUUCUCCUUUGCGAUCAUUGUUGGUGACGUCUUCGGUGAUUGCGCGACUGAAGAUGAGCUCAAGGAUAUUACCGCCUUGAUAAACGGGGAGAUCACCGUGGCAUGCCCGACCUACUUCACCCUAGGUAACCGACCACUUCCUCCUCAAGUGGUCGAAAAGAUUGAAGCAACUGAUGAAGUGUGCCCCAACUUGUUCUUCCUUGGCAAGCGAGGAACCUUGAAGACAACAGAUGGUAUCCGUAUUGUUGCUCUCGGUGGAACCAUGGGAGAGGCAGAGGGUAGAUCCAAGCCCGAGAGUAAUGCUAGUGGCAAGUUCCAGCCAACAUACAGUGAAUCCGAUGCACGUGCACUGUUCGGGAUUCACAAAACCGACAUUCUUAUCACCAAUCAAUGGCCGAAGGAUGUCCGUCUAGGAUCUAGUCGCGUGGUCUCUGGGAAUAAGGAGACUGUUCCGUCUGAAUUGCAGUGCAUUGCUGAUGUUUGCGCGACCCUGAAACCCCGGUACCACUUUUCUCGGUCAGACUGUGCUUUCUUCGAGCGUGAACCUUUCUUUCACUUGCCAGCGGAUGGUGGAGAGGUCUACCAACUCACCCGGUUCAUCUCAUUGCCUACUUUCGGCUCGUCGAAAAAUGGUAUUUAUGCCUUUAACUUGGACCCAACAGCACCUUUCCCAACCAGUAUUUCCUUGGGCUCCACCAUCUGCCCUUGGUCGGCGGUGCAAAGCAGGCGCAAAAUGCUCCCAAGCCAAAGCAAGUCAUACCCACCCUACGUCCCCGAUGACAGAGAUAGAGACCCGGGACACCAACGCCGGCACAAAGAACGCGCUCCCCCGCCAGGCCCGGAGAAUUGUUUCUUCUGUCUCUCAAAUCCCAACAUCGCUACCCAUCUUAUCACCUCAAUCGGCAAUGAGAGUUACGUCACCACCGCCAAAGGGCCUUUGCUCACAAAGGACUUUUACCCUUCCCUGGGCUUCCCAGGCCAUAUGCUCAUCAUCCCCUUCGAACAUUCCCCAACCAUCGACCUAAUCUUCGACCCGGCCACUCGAGCCUCGACCUUCGCCGAGAUGCAACGGUACCGUGAAUCCUUGCAUCAAAUGCUGAACGAGCGGUCAGGAGGCAAGCUAGGUGCUGUCACUUGGGAAGUCAGCCGCUCGAACGGUAUCCACACACAUUGGCAAUUCCUGCCAAUGCCAGUGGAGCAGAUUCGCUCCCGGCUUGUGGAAAUGGCAUUCAAGAAGGAAGCCGAGAACCUGGAAUAUUCGACGUUCAAGACCGUGCCAACCCCCGACGAAAUCCACAAUCACCAUAUGAUCGACUAUUUCCGAGUCUUUAUUUGGACACCUACCCCCGGCAAUGAAGCCGAAGCUGAAGGCGAUCAUUGGUCUGCACCUGAGCACAAAGGCGUUUGGAAGACUGAAUCUGGAGAGGAGAAGGUUAUCAUUAUGAAGAUCCUGCCGGAGACCCGGUUCAAUUUGCAAUUUGGCCGUCAGGUUAUGGGUAAGGUGCUCUACCUGGAUGAUCGUAUUAACUGGAGGGAUUGUGUGCAGACGGACGAUGAAGAGACGAAGGAUGCGGAGGCUUUCAAGGAGGCUUUCAAGAAACACGAUUUCGCCAUGGAGGGUUAA